AGCGAAGUGCCGCUCUCCCCGGAACCGGAAGCAGCGUGUGCGGUGCGGCCAUGGCGCGCGAGAAGCAGCCGGAGGCGGCGGCCGAGGCGGAGGGAACUCCUGAGCGCUCGUACCGGGAGCAGCUCGACUUCCUGAACCCCAUCGCCCAGCCGCUCGCCUCCCGCAAGCUGACGCGCAAGCUGUACAAGUGCAUCCGGAAAGCCUCCAAGCACAAGCAGAUCCGUCGUGGCGUGAAGGAGGUCCAGAAGUUCAUCAACAAGGGCGAGAAGGGGAUCACGGUGCUGGCCGGCGACACGCAGCCCAUCGAUGUGUACUGCCACAUCCCCAUCAUGUGCGAAGACAGGAACCUCCCCUAUGCAUACGUCCCUUCCAAAUCGGACCUGGGAGCCGCAGCAGGCUCGAAGCGCCCGACCUGUGUCAUCAUGAUCAAGCCCCACGAGGAGUACCAGGAGACAUACAACGAGUGCUUGGAGGAGGUGGAAGCCCUGCCGCUGCCGCUGUGAAGAGCCGGGGACGGGCUGCGCCCCGCGGGGCGGUGGCGGGGGUCGCUCCUCGGCCCCCUGCCCGCAGGGACACUGCCGAGGGCGCUGGGGAGCGCUAUGGGCGUGAAUAAAGUUGUGCGGGUUUUGCAGGACGCAGUCCC